CCCGGAGCCCUCUAUAUGGGCCACCUGCUCUCCAAGGAGCCACGAAGCCGCCCGCGACCCCGGAGACCUCGGUGCCGCCGCCAUCGCCCCCCGCCCCGCCGGCCGGCCACCCCGCCCGAGCCCCGCUCCCCGCCGUCCCCGCCGUCCCGGGGUCGGGACUGCUUGCUCCGCGGGCCCUGCAUGCUCUGCUUCAUCGUGCACGGCCCCGCCACCGCCCCCACCGCCGGGCGAGAGGAGGAGCCGCCGGCGCGGGCCUCCGCCGCCCUCCAGUCUCCCGGGCGGCAGGAGCGGCGGCAGCAGGAGCAGCAGCAGCAGCAGCAGCGGCGGCAGCUGUACGCGGCUCUGGCCGCCGGGGACUGCGCCGCCGCCGCCGCCGCCAGCCGCUUCCUGCUUUCCACGGCCUCGGCGGCCGUCGCCUCCUGUCGCCACACGGAGCCGGGCCGGGCCGCCGCCGCCGCCGCCGCUUGGGAGCAGCAAGGUAGAAGCCUCCUCGUCCUCCUCCUGUCCGGCCCGGGGCCCGGCCGUCUCCUGGGGCCGCCGUCGCCGCCGCCGCCGGUCCGCUCCUUCCGGGGGGAGUCGCCGCCCCCGCCCCCGCCCCCGCCGCCGCCGCCGCCGGCCGAGCCCGCCGGCCCCCAGGAGAUGGUGUGCAAGCGGAAGGGAGCGGGGCUGCCCGCCUGCACCCCUUGCAAGCAGCCCCGCUGUGGCUCCGGGGGCUGCGGCGGAGGCGGCGGCGACGGCGGCGGGGCUGCUGGAGGAGGAGGAGGAGGAGGAGGAAGCGAAGGAGAAGGAGGGGGCGGAGGAGGAGGAGGAGAGGGAGCGGGAAAAAGCGGCUCGUCGCCCCGGCCCCCCGAGGCCGGCUGCUGCCAGUGUCCCGAGCCGCAACAGCAGCUCUGUCCCCUCCCCGCCUCCUCCUCCCCCUCGUCGUCCUCCUCCUCUUCUUCUUCCUCCUCCUCCUCCACCUCUUCGUCUUCCUCCUCCGCAGCCCCCGACCGUGGUGGCGGCGGGGCGCUCGCCCCGGACCCCCCGGGGGCCAGCGGCGGGGACGGCUCCGCCUCCUCGCCGCCCCCACAGCCGCCGCGGGAGAGCAGCGAGCCGGACUGUCGCCAACCGCCCGAAAACCCCAACGACCAGGCCCGAGAGGCGUUCCCCGAAGUGGCAGACAUCAACCAGCUACCGCCUUCCAUCCUCCUCAAGAUAUUUUCCAAUUUGUCUCUGGAUGAACGCUGCCUUUCUGCAUCAUUAGUUUGCAAAUACUGGCGUGAUCUCUGUUUAGAUUUCCAGUUUUGGAAACAGUUGGAUCUUAGUGGUCGUCAGCAGGUCACUGAUGAGCUAUUGGAAAAAAUCGCAACGAGAUGUCAUAACUUAAGCGAAAUAAAUCUUUCUGACUGUCGCAGCAUGUCUGAUACAGGCGUCUGUGUUCUGGCAUUUAAGUGUCCUGGAUUGCGAAGGUACACAGCCUACAGGUGCAAGCAGCUUUCGGACACUUCUAUCAUGGCAGUUGCCUCCCACUGCCCUCUACUUCAGAAAGUUCACAUAGGCAACCAGGACAAAAUCACCGAUGCAGGACUCAAGCAGCUGGGUUCAAAAUGCAGGCAACUGAAAGAUAUUCAUUUUGGGCAGUGCUACAAGAUCUCCGAUGAAGGAAUGAUCAUUAUAGCCAUGGGCUGCCUGAAGUUGCAAAGAAUAUACAUGCAAGAAAACAAAUUAGUGACCGAUCAAUCGGUAAAAGCUUUUGCCGAAUACUGCCCUGAACUACAGUGUGUUGGCUUUAUGGGGUGUUCUGUUACCUCUAAAGGAGUCAUUCACCUAACCAAGCUAAAAAACCUUUCCAGCUUGGAUUUGCGUCACAUCACUGAACUGGAUAAUGAAACCGUAAUGGAAAUAGUCAAGAGGUGCAAGAAUCUUACUUCACUCAAUCUGUGUCUGAACUGGAUCAUUAAUGACAGGUGUGUGGAAGUCAUUGCUAAAGAAGGACUUAAGUUGAAAGAGCUGUACUUGGUGUCCUGUAAAAUCACUGACUAUGCUCUGAUAGCCAUCGGGCGAUACAGCACGACCAUAGAGACUGUUGAUGUCGGCUGGUGCAAAGAAAUCACCGAUCAGGGAGCCAUGCUGAUUGCCCAAAGCAGCAAAUCCCUACGCUAUUUAGGGUUGAUGAGAUGUGAUAAGGUGAAUGAAGUAACCGUGGAACAGCUGGUGCAGCAGUAUCCCCACAUAACCUUCAGUACAGUUCUGCAGGACUGCAAGAGGACCCUGGAACGGGCUUAUCAGAUGGGCUGGACCCCCAACACGUCCACUGCCUCUUAAACCUCACUCUAAGUGUUUUUGGUCAACUCUGGUACCUUUGGCAGGUCUUGUGUGGGAACUGCAGCUUUGGGAUGUCUGAUUUGUUUGGGGGAGGGGGCGGGUGGGGGGGAGAGAAAUGUUUUAAAUUUUCCUUCUGUGGACAAAUGUGUCUCAUUUACAACCUGGGAAGACUCUCUACUAAUGUCAAUUGUUCCCAAACAAGUCACUGACUUUGCGUUCAAAUUAAACAUUUUGCAAGCCUCGACUCUUUGGAUGUGCGGGAGGCUCUGCCAGCCAGUGGUUGGAUCGCUUGGAGGAUUAGGGCUCUGAAAUUGUUCCAUAUGAUAGCUGCGAAAAGGAAGCAGGCUCACCUCCUUUUAUGGUGCCAUGUGGUCAUAUGGAGGGAGACGUAACUCUGCCCCGGUGACAAAUGUAGGACACCGACUUUACAAACCUCCGAAACUCCCAGGAGUGGCUGAGGCCUUGAACCUCAUUUACUGCACUCUGGGUGCUAACGCACAUCCCGAAGCUGCUACCUUACUUACUUACCAAGGGGUCCUUGGUACUGAGGAGUGUAGCGAGAGAGAGAGAGAGAGCCCUUUGCAUCCUUUCUACAGGCAAAGGCGGCCAUACAACAUCUCGGGGCCAGCUCACGGAAAUGGUUUCUUUUUUCCUCUCUUUCUGGGGUUAGUGGGAGAUGGUAAGUUUUGGAAAUGUUUUGGUAGGCUUUAGGUUCCCUUUGGAUUCGCUUGAUUUUUCUGUGCUAGGAGAAUUAUCUGCUUUGAACGUGACUGCUGACAGUGAGAAUGUGGUUAUGCAUGCGGUGCCUUUGAGGAUCUCUUGCACCCUAGAAGAUAACAAUAGCGGACAGAGCUAUGUCACCUCCUUUGCUUUUUGAAUGUGGGGGCAAGAGGAGAACAGGGGAUGAGGAUUGGGAGGGAAUAGCCUUCAAAGAGCCACUAGACUUGAAAGCCUCGAUUUUUGAUCUUUUCCAGCCCCGGGUGGAAAUUUUACAGUCGGGGGUGAUCGAGUCUGGGAGUCUAACUGAAAAAACCAUGGGGUGGGCAAGAGAGGGAAGGGAGCUUGUCCCCAUCACCCACCUAUAGGUGGACCUUUCCCCUCCCUGCACCCCUUGCCAAUUUGGGCAAGCAUAGAAACCAGCAUCAUGACCAACACACUCUUUACCUGAAGUUGGGGCUAACUAAGAUCAGGCAGUCACCUAAAAAGCUAUCGCUCAUUUGGAGGAUUUUUGCUUCAUUUUGAUCUUCUUUAGUCUUUUUUUCUGUGAUUUCUGAAUAUGACAUAAAUGUUAACUAAUGUUAAGUAUUUAAAUAGACAAUCUGUUGACUUUUGUUUGUUUUCUGUUUGCUUUAAAAAUCGCUAUUAUGUAGAAAAACAUUGUCAGCAUUUAAGAAUUUGCACUUCUUCCUUUUGGGGCAGUGAAUGGGCUAAACAUGCUUUUGGUUUCAUUUUCCACAGCUUCAUAGUUCUCACCCUUUAAUAGCCAAUAUUGCAAAGAUGAUAGCAGCUGUGGGAAAUAAAGCACAAGGUCACAUUUAUACACCAUCCACUUCUUUGAGCUAAGGUUUUUGUUUGUUUUUUAAUAACUGGUUCCUCUGUUUAUGCAGUUAUAUUUGUCGUAGUGAAAAAAAAGUCAGUUUGAUAGGAAAAAAUAGGUUGGUAAGCAACAAAAGUUUCUACUCCACAACUGAGCAGGAAGUUUCUCAUUUUGUGAGGAAAAAAAGGGUCAUAGAGAAAAGGGCCGCUAUGGCCACCCAUUUCAGUUUCAGAAUGUAUUCUUAUCCCAGCUACUGAAAUUACCUUAGUUGACAACAUUUAACUGUUUUCCAAUCCAAGACGGAUUUAUAACACAACGCAGAUAGUUAUAACUUGAGGGUUUAGCAAAAGCUUAAUUUUCUAUAUAUGUCACACUAGUCUAGGAAGGUGAAAUUGAGGAGAGAGUUGUUGAAAAUACAGAUGUUGUCGCUUCAGUUAGGAAAUUGCAUUAUACCUUUUGAUUGUUACUGUUUGGUUACUGAAUGGCUUUGGAGACGUAUAAUGUUGUACUUUUCUUUCUAAAGGUUACUUUGUUUGAAUCUAAAGUCCAGUGCGAUAGAGUGCUCAAGCUUCAUUUAAGGCUUUGCCCUUAUUAUUUGAAUCUUCUGCUAAUCCAGACUAUCUGAUGCAGUAUAACCUGAAAAGCAGCUUUUGUACAUCUGUAUAAAUCCCAGAAAACUCACGCCUUGCCCCAUAGCGUUUAAUCUCAGAGGUGGGGUCGGUUUCAGAGAGUCAGCUUCCAUGAGGUGGGAACAAAAUGGUCCCUCCCUCUUCCCCCCCAUGCUCCUCAAGAGGUCAACGUGUUACGUUACCCUUGUGCCACGUGACCUGAUGACCUCAAACACCAUAGUUUUGCCGAAGAGCAUUACUCUAUCUCUGCCCCUUCGACCGAGCGCUCAGAAUGAGUACUGAGUGACGCUCGGUGAUGCUUCCCUACCCCCUAACCCCCACCCCAAUUUACGCCCUGCUGAGGGAUCACUUCCGUCCAUCCCAAUACAAUCUCUAAGAAAUGCAGUGGCACAGCCAUCCUGGAGAAGGGCCGGGCGGCACAUCCGUCCCCCACCAACUGAGGCCGUGACUUACCUCGCUGACUCUCUGAAGCCGGCCCUGCCCCGAGGCCAACAGGAAAAUGGCAACUUAAGUAUUUCCCUUGACAGUUGUUGAAUGUUUUCUUAUUUGAUGCUUCAAAAUGAGGCCUAAAAAACCUCAUUUUUCUGAAGAAAAAAAUGUAGAAAUUUGGCUUGGAAUGUCAUGAAUAUGUGUUCAGUUUGAUGCAGGGCUUUUUCUCUUCUCCAAAAUGGCAUCUGUAGUUUUCAGAGAGAAGACAAUAUGAUAUUGCUAGGGUGGAGAAUCCAUCUUUGGUCCUCAUUGUCUUUUUAUGAGGGAGCAAGACGAUUCGCCCGGUUUGUAGGUUUCUACUUUUUCCGUGAAACUUUUGAUUUGAAAAUGGUUGCAAUAAAAGGGAAGUAAAACACGG